UUACUGUUUCCGUCCGGGCGCUUGCCGCACUGCGCUCAGAGUCGUAAACAUGGCGGAGCCCAGAGACUCAAAGGCUGUACCGGGAGGCAGCGCCCCCCGCCCAGCUAGCGCCCACAGCUGGGCCCCAGAGGAUGCCUGGAUGGGCAGCCACCCCAAGUAUUUAGAAAUGAUGGAAUUAGAUAUAGGAGAUGCCACCCAAGUUUAUAUAGCAUUCUUGGUUUACCUGGACCUCAUGGAGAGUAAAAGUUGGCAUGAAGUCAACUGUGUGGGAUUACCAGAUCUGCAACUCAUCUGUCUUGUUGGAACUGAGAUUGAAGGAGAAGGGUUACAGACUGUGGUGCCUACACCCAUCAGUGCUUCCCUUAGUCAUAACAGGAUACGGGAGAUCUUAAAGGCAUCUCGAAAGCUGCAAGGUGAUCCAGACUUGCCGAUGUCUUUCACUUUGGCCAUAGUGGAGUCUGACUCCACUAUAGUCUAUUAUAAACUCACCGAUGGCUUUAUGCUGCCAGACCCACAGAAUAUUUCUCUGAGAAGAUGACAUCCAUGCUUCACAACGCUUACUUUAUUCACAUGAGAUUGGAGUUGAGCGAGCCCUAGUAGUCAGCUUCAUCUUCUAUCUUAGAAAUAGGCAGGGUUGGUUUUCUUUCUAAAGAAUAAAACUUUCCCAGAUAGAAGAAAUUUUUGUUGUUACUGUUAAAAGUAUAGGGUAGUCCCUCUAGAACUUUCUUCUCUGGAUUCAGUUUAAUUACAGUUGUGUAUAUGGCAGUGCCCAAGGAUGUGUUCAGAGGGGUAGAAUGUGUAUUUCUUCUGACGUCCUGUCCCACACUGUUUAUGCUUCCUGAUCCACUCUGCUGCCACUCGCUUGGUCCAGAUUGAGGCUACCACUUUGUUCCCUGUUCCUUUUAGCCUAGGCGCCUUUUAGCUCCUGAAAUCAUCCUGCCUUGACAGUUCCUGGACAUCUUGACUCCGGUCAGCUUCUUCCCUCCCAGUAGGAAAUAGAAACUUUGCAUUGGUCUUCAUGUUGUAAUUACAGUUACUUCCCUCUGUGGUUGAUUUCAGAUCAGAAUUAAAAUUAUACUUAACCAGAGUGUACUCUAACUUACUCUGAUGAAAAGGGACCAGCAAUUUACUCCCUGUAAGAAUUCUGGUCCUCCUGUUCUACCCCUAUUGCUAGCACUCUUACUCUACCACAGUAGAGUAUUCCAAGAGUGAUAAUAGGGGUGGUGUCAGCCUAUUAUCAUCAUUAUUGGGCUGGUGAGACAGCAUAAUGGUUAUGCAAAAUACACAUGCCUAAGGCACUGAGGUCCCAGGUUCAAUCCUUAGUACCACCAGUAAGCCAGAGCUGAGCAAUGCUUUGGUGUCUCUCUCUCUCUCUCCUUCUUCCUUUCCUUGCUCUCCAAGUUUCUCUCAAUAAACUAAAUAAAAUAUUUAAUAAAAAGAAUGUCUUUAUUAAGUAGAUCAUUUAUUCUACUUUUGUUACCAUCUCCCAAUUAAGUUGGCUAAAAUUUAGAAAUUAUAUGCAUAUAUAAUAAGGCAGAGGUCAUCAGACUUAUUUUAUAAAGAGCCAGACAGUAACUAUCUUAGUCUCUAAGGCCAAGUAGUCUCUGUCAAAACUUCUCAGCUAUUUGUAGCACAAAAAUAGCCAUUGGUCAUAUGUGAAUGAAUGGGUAUUGUCGGGUUUCAGUAAAACUAUUUACAAACACAAAACAUAAUUUACCAACCCCUCUGGCCUAGAGAAAUUUUAUAUAUAAUAUCCAAUGAGUGGUUCAUGAUAGACUUAUGAAAAUUUAGUAAGGAGUAUAUACAAACAACAAGAUCUAUCUUAAAGAGCAAGAUAUGGAAGUGUAUGAUGGGUAUGAUUAUCACUGUAAAUAGCACACAAAAUAAACCACUGACUACAUUGGUAUAAUAAGAAAGUAAAUGAUUGCCUGUCUUCAGUGUCUCUAUUUUUCUUUAUUUGUACUACUUUUGUAAUAAAGUGUUUUAAAAUUUAAAGUGCCUUGAAA